GUACUAUUCAAUCAAUUCAUUCAAUCAAUCAACCGCGGCGACAGAGAGCUGUCGUGUCGCAUGAAUUUAAUUCGUUAAAAAGCUAUAAUUUCGUGUUAAACCGUCUCCUUAUAAAUUAAUAGGGAGUGACGCUUAAAAUCGUGCGCGGUGUGAUGUCAAACUAAAGUUCUAGAAGCAACAGUAUCAAAUAGUGUAUCAAAAAUGGGUGCCCGGGUUUCCAGAACAGAUUUCGAGUGGGUUUACACGGAGGAACCUCAUGCGAGCCGCCGGAAAAUAAUCCUAGAAAAAUACCCACAGAUCAAGAAGCUGUUUGGCUACGAUCCGAACUUCAAAUGGGUGGUGACAGCCAUGGUGCUCAUUCAGAUCAUCUCGCUACCCUUCGUGGUUCAGCUCAGCUGGCCCGUGAUGCUGGUCGUAGCAUACUGCUUCGGAGGAGUUAUUAAUCAUUCACUUAUGUUAGCAAUUCACGAGAUAGCCCACAAUUUAGCCUUCGGUCACAACCGGCCUUUAGCCAACAGGCUAUUUGGCUUCUUCGCUAAUCUCCCCAUAGGGUUGCCAGUUUCAAUCAGCUUUAAGAAAUAUCAUUUAGAACAUCAUAGGUACCAAGGAGACGAAGUCAUAGACACUGAUCUACCAACGUUAUUAGAAGCAAAAUUAUUCUGCACGACUGGUGGCAAAUUAGCGUGGCUGUUCUUACAACCUUUCUUCUACAGCUUCAGACCUCUGAUAGUCAGACCGAAGCCCCCCACGCCUAUGGAACUCAUCAACUUGGUUAUACAGCUGUUCUUCGAUGCUAUCAUUAUUAAAUUAUUCGGAUGGAAAGCACUUGGCUAUCUUAUAUUUGGUGCUGUGAUGGCUAUGGGCGUUCAUCCAGUCGCAGGCCAUUUCGUUGCCGAACACUACAUGUUCAAGAAAGGCUAUGAAACCUACUCGUACUACGGGCCGCUGAAUUGGAUCACUUUCAACGUGGGCUACCACAAUGAGCACCACGACUUCCCGGCCGUGCCUGGCAGUAAAUUACCUGAGGUACGCCGCAUAGCGCCGGAAUUCUACGACAACUUACCCCACCACGACAGCUGGUCCAAAGUCCUAUACGACUUCGUAAUGGACCCUGAUAUCGGACCUUAUGCCCGAAUGAAGAGAAAACACAAGGGACUCGACAGUUAAGUUGGCAACACUACUUCUGUUAGGUUGGCAACAUUGCUCCUGUUAAGUUGGCAACAUUACUUCUGUUAGGUUGGCAACACUAAUUCUGUUAUGUUGGCAACACUUGUGUAGUCUGUGGUGUUUUGUUUUUUGAUGUUGGUAGACGACGCUUGCGAUGUUUUUUAGGAUAGUGACAUCUGUUGGUGGGAAUUUGUAUCUUUUACGGCAAAAAAACAUUGUUUGCAAUACAAAUGCUAGUUUUCUUAAAAUUUUGUGUUGAGUCUACAAGGUAUAGAAACUGUAUGGUUUAUAAAUCUUACAUCUGUUUAAUGGUGAAAGCCGCUUGAAAAUCCAUGUAGUAGUUUUUGAGUAUAUCCUGAACAAAUAUGUCUGAAAAAGUUCUUAGCGAACAUUGAAUUUUUCUUCUUAAUGAUCAAAUCCGCAUGAAAAUCUGUGUAGUAGUUUUUGAGCUUAUCACUAACAAACAGAUGUGGUAAGGCAUAAUUUUAUUACAUGUAGUAUGUAGCUUAUACAUAAAACGUUUUUUUUUUUAUCAACUAUUUUACACACAAACUUAACAAAAACACCUUUAUGUGUAUUUCGCAUCGCAAGCGCCACCUAUGAACUACAAACAGUAAUUCUAAAUGUUGAUCUUGUUUUUUUAUUAAAUUAUGGAUUUAAUUAGAACGCUAUGUAUUAUUAUUUUAAAGUAAGUUGUAAUUGUAUAGAAAUACAUUUGUUUUUUUAUAAUCAUAACAUUAUGCAGAAUUUUCUUCUAAGAAUACAAUGUUUUUUUCUAGGUAGAAUUACUAUGGAUAUUAACUUAUCAUUAUUAUUUUUCUACUAUUGUAAAUCUGUGGGCUUGGGGUGUUUUUCACAUUUUUAUAUGAACUGAAAAUUUGGGGGCAAUUUUAAAUAAAUAUUUUGGGAGUCAGAAAAAAAUUAUAGAUAUAAAUUGAAAGCAUUUAUGUACCUAUUUGAACAAAUUAAAAUAACUGUUGUAAAGUUAAGGUAUAUUUUGAAAACGUACUUUUGUUAUUAGAUUAUGUUCCAUGUUUUACAUGAUAUUAAUUUUAUCCUAGUAUAUGUAUAUCGGGUGUGUCGUUCAUAAUCACAUUAUAUGAAAUGCGUUAAUAUACUGGUUAAUAUAUGUCGAUUGACAGAAAUAAAAAAAAUAUAUACGUAGAAAUAAAAAAAUGAUUUUUUCAAACAAAGUAAAUAGUAUAAAAGUGUUCGAAAAUUAGAACACCAUAUAAAAGUCAGUCAUUAUAAACAACUGAAAUUCUCCCUUGAAAACUGACAGCUGUCAACUGAUCAAAACAUUCGAUACUCCUAACUUUAUCUCUGCUUUACACAUGAUGUUGUAAAUUAUAUAAACGAAAAAUGACUCAUGUGGUUAAACCACUGAAUGGAUUAGGUUAUUUUUUUUACAAUCCGCAAUAGAAUAUCAUAAAGUAUAUGCGAUAGGAUUUAAUGUGAUUGUGAACGACAGACCCUGUGUAUAAAAUAUUUUACAUUAAUUUCUAAUACUUACAAUAUUUCAUGUAUUUCCCUUCCAUAUAAGAAUUAAGUACGGGGGUAUAUCUUACCCUAACAAGUUAGCUUUUUUAUAUUCAUGCUUAGAAUAUCCUUGAAUUAGCAUACUACAGGAAUAUGGGUAUAAAAAUACCCCGGUGAUAAUAAAAUUGUACAUUUGAAUAUUGUAACUUGUUAUACAUAUACAGAACUAUGUAAAAAUAUAUAUUAUA